AUGAUGACAACAAUGAAAUCUAUUGAAUGUUUGCCGAACGAACUUUGGUUAUUAUUUAUGAGUUUUCUUCCACCAAUCGAUCUUUAUAGAGCAUUGACUGGUCUUAAUCAUCGUAUUAAUUAUUUACUUUCUUCUAUGACUCCACGUCCGGUUCUCGAUACAUCGCAAUGUGCUGGUGAUGGAAUAUGUUUUUCUGAUCUUCUUCAAUUAAUCGAAGGCAAAGAUAUUUGGUCUCAAUUUCUUCUUUCUUCAAUAGAUACAAUUCGUCUUUAUGACACACUUGCUAGUGAUACACUUUUUAAAUACUAUCAAUCUUCAAAGCAUUUUUCUUCACUUCGUCGAUUGUAUAUAACAGGAAUUUCUGAUGAAAUCGAAAUAUCACAACUGUUUGUUCCAUUAUCUACUACGCUUUGUGAUGUUUAUUUUACAUUUGAUGCACCUAUGUGCAGCUCAUCGUACUAUAAAGUGGUAAAUGGUUUUACUGAUCAUGGUUUAUCAUUUUAUCGUAUGGUAUUUGAUGUUGAAGAUGAUGAUAUUAGUGAAUAUUCGGAUUCAUAUGAAUAUGAAUGGAAACGAAUGUAUUUACCAAAUACUGUUUAUUUAUCACUCUAUAUCAAGCGAUUAGAUGAUCUAUUCAAUCUUCUUGAUACUCAAGCAUUACCUGUUCUUGAUCAUCUCAGUGUUGCUUUUAUCACACGUGAUCUCAAAUACGAUGUAAAAAUGAUGAAUGUUAACAAUAUAACAAGUCGUUUACGUUCUCUCAAACUCAGUCACAUGUCAAUGAACAAUCUUCUCAUCUUUCUUUCAUUCGUUCAUAUGCCUUUACUCGAAAAGCUCACACUGAUUGAUAUUCAUGAUAAUACACUCAAUCGCCUUAACGAGUUUCAAAAAUAUUUUGAGACAAAGAAAAAUCUUUCUGCUCUUCGUCCAUCAUCAUUUCGAUUUCUACUUCGUUUUCCUGGUGAACUUGAAAGUAAAUGGAAUAAAUAUCGUUAUUUGCAAUGGCCACUUGAUGUUGUCAACAUUGAUCAUUGUCUUGAAGAGCAUCGUUUAUCUGAAGUGGCAUACUAUCGUUCACGAACAUUAUCACUACCAAAGAAAUAUUCUCUUCUUAUUUUUACUCGUUCAUCUCUGCCCUUCCAUCGAAUCAUACACAAUUAUUCUGCUGUAAUGGCACUCAAACAAACAUCAUCAAUUGAAUGGACUUGCGAUUACCUUGACAAUUCUGAACAAAUUUUUGAAGUUUUGUCAAAGUUUGGGACGAUAAAGAAACUCAAAAUUGGAACAUGGUUAGGAACAAAAUUGCAAAAUGUAUGUGAAAGUCUCAUUACUCAAACGCGAUUUGGGAAAGACUAUUCCAAGUCCUCAUGUACACAUCUGAAUCAACCUUUUUCUCAUAUUAUUGACACGCAUGGAUCACAAUAGUUGCUAUCUGAGCUGAGCAAGAAUUAAAUCUCUCGAGUACGAGUACUUUGUCCAGCUCUGGUUGCCACACUAUAGGGAUCUAAAACGAAGUACGCAAUAUAAGAACUUCGUAAAGAUUAAUGACAGGUAAUAGAUAUUUGUUCCAAAAUCGAAUAUUUCUCCAACAAAAAGAUAUUAAAUUGAGAAAGUGAUCUAUGUCAAAACUGUUUUUCUGAAGUUUUGAUGCAUGAAAUGCGCAAACUUCAAGGUUUGUCCACAGCACUUGAGUUUCUUUUUAAGCAACUCAAAUACUGUAUGUAUGAGAGAAAAAAGUCAAUCAUGUAGAAAUAAAUAAAAGAAAUCACUACGUCUCUGUUAGCUGUUUAAAAAGUUAUGUGUGCUUGAGUGAUAAGAGGACAGUUUCUCGUUGAGCAAAAUUUAUAUUGAUGCUUGAAUAUUCUUUUAUUUUUAGAUUGCUGCUAAAUCUAUUAUCUUUUCAUCACCAUCUAGUCGACUCCAAUUAGAUAAACUUCAUUCACUCACAUUCUUCAGAACUGAGAGUUCAGACAACUUUCUAUGUAAAUCGCAACAACAUUUCUUUCUCCGUGUACUUCUUUCAGCAACAACGCAACUUGUUAAAUUAACUAUCAAUUGGAAUUAUAUCAUGAGCAUCGAUUCAAAUUUUACCAGAGAACAUUCUGCUAUCUCACCUCUCCUCAAUUUACGUCAUUUACAUUUGUGGUAUUUCAAUCUAGAUGGUAAUUAACAGUUGUCAACAUUCUAAAAACAUAAAGACAUGAGUUUACCUAAAACAGAUACCUAUUUAUGUGAAUAUUAAUCGUGAGAUGAAAACUAUCACAGAUAUGAUUGAUUUGGAUUAUUAGUCAUUUCAGUAACUAUUUUAUGCUUCAAAUUUUGAUCUUGAGGAAAAUAGGCUAACAGAUUUCACCAUUAAAUUCAAACUUACUUUUUCAUUUAUUAAAAGGAAUAAGAGAACAUCUGAUAUGAUGAAAUUAUCCGAACGGAAACGAUCUUAAACAGUCAAUUUUAUUUUCUCUUUUUAGAACAAAUAAAUUUAUCAAAGUUGACCGACAUUUCUCUGUUAUCGAAAUUAUUUCCAAAACUUAUU